GAUUCGUACACACGCGCCCGACGCCUCUAAGUUUCGACCUGACGUGUCCUUUGUUCUCUGAGUCUCUCGGUCAAGAAUGCGGUUGCUUCAGCCAGCUUUCGUCGCUCUCGCCACCUUCUGCUCUGCUGUUCUCGCUCAGCAGGCUGAAAAGUACGAAUACCAGAGUGACGUUGCACGACUAAGGAGGAUUGUGGUCGACAGUCUCUAUUCCAACAGAGAUGUCUUUCUUCGGGAGCUCAUCUCUAACGCCAAUGAUGCCAUUGAGAAACUUCGCCUCACUGCAUUGACCGAGAAAACGGUCUGGGAUGGUGCUGCGCCUCUGAACAUCACCAUCAAGACCGAAAAGGACGAGGACGGAAAGGGAGGACGUAUCAUCAUUACAGACACUGGUAUUGGUAUGAACCCAGAAGAGCUAACCAAGAAUUUGGGUACGCUUGCCAGGUCUGGGACGUCAGAAUUCCUUGCCAAGGCAGAGAGCGAGGACGCGACUGGCUCCGGGAACCUCAUUGGCGCGUUCGGUCUCGGUUUCUACAGCAGUUUCUUGGUAGCCGACAGAGUCCAGGUUGCUUCUAGGCCACCAGUAUCCAGCAAAGACUCGAACCCUUCGCAAUAUGUCUUCAGCUCUUCGUCUGAUGAUGCCACAUUUGAGAUUUACCCUGACCCUCGUGGUAACACUCUUGACUUUGGAACAGAGGUUACCCUGUUCUUGAAGGACGACGCUGCGAGCUAUUUGGAUGCCUCCGGCCUCACUAAGCUAGUCAACACACAUUCGUCAUUCUCUUCUGCUUUCCCGAUUUAUUUGUGGACGGAGAAGGAGGAGCAGAUCUUAGAUGAGGAUGCAGAGGAGACCACGAAAGAAGCCGUAGACGACGAAGAAGCAGCCAUCGAAGAGGUUGAUGAGUCUCCAGAACCUCCCAAGAUGAAAACGGUGACGGUUGGAAACUGGGAGCACCUCAACUCUCAACCUCCCCUCUGGAUGCGUGAUCCUAAGGAGGUUAGCGAGGAGGAAUACAACUUACUCUACAAGGCAACUUUCAAAGAUUUACAAGAGCCAUUGGCGCACCAUCACUUCACUGGUGAUACCGGCUCUGGUGUCUCCUUCCGGGCUCUAAUCUACGUUCCAUCAAAAUUGGAUGAAACCUACUUUAACGACCCUCUCGCGAGUGCUAAAGAUAUUCGACUUCUCGUGAAGCAUGUUUUCAUCACUUCUGACUUCGGUGAACACGCAUUGCCGAAGUGGGCUAGCUGGGUGAAGGUCAUCAUCGACGCGGACGACCUCCCUCUUAAUGUCUCGCGAGAGACACUUCAGUCAGGCACAUUCCUGAAGCAAGUCCGACAGAUUGUCCUUAAGAGGAUUAUUCAACUUUUCUCCCGGAUUGCGGAGGAAGACGAAGAAAAAUUCGCCGAGAUCCAGAAAGUCUAUGGUACUGUGUUCAAACUCGGUGCCUCCGAGGACGCGAAGAACAAGGAGAAACUUGCCGGCUUGACGCGCUUCACCACAAACCAACGGAAAGACGUUUCGUUUGACCAGUAUCUGGAGAACAAGAAGGAGGGUCAGAAGCAGAUCUUCUACCUUGCUGACAUGGGCAAAGCAGUCGAGGACUUGGCGCAGAGUGUGUUCGUUGAGAAACUACAUGCCCGAGGCUACGAGGUCCUGCUUAUGAAUGAGCCUCUGGAUGAGAUAGUAGCCCAGACGCUGCGCACUUGGAAAGGCGUUACUUUCCAGGACGUCGCCAAAUCUGGUCUCAAGUUCGGUGAUGAAGAUAACGAAGAGGAUAAACAAAGCCUUAAACAACUGAAGACCGAGUUUACUCCCCUCGUCGAAUGGCUAAAGCAGGAAGUUGGAGAUGCUGUUAGAGACGUGGUUGUAUCCGAUAGGCUCGUGACAAGUCCUUGUGCGGUUGUUGCAGACAGUAUGGGUUUCACGGCCAAUGUUCAGAAGCUAAUGAGUGCCACCAACCGUGCUGCCGGGGCGCAGAAUGAUUUCAUGACAGAGUUUAUGAAGAAGCAAAAGGUGCUCGAAAUCAACCCUCGUGCACCACUCAUCCAGGGCAUGCUUCGUCGAGUCGACCAGCUCUCUGAGGACAAGGAUGAAGACGCCGAGGCCGAAUUGAAAGAGGUUGCAUCUAUACUGCUUGACGGCGCGUUAGUCCGUUCCGGCUUUGAGGUCCCUAACUCGAAUUUGUUCUUGACUCGCGUCGACCGAGUUCUCCGGCGGUCUCUGGGUGUUUCUGAGACUGCUGCGGCCGAUUCGACGGUGAAGCCUGCACCUCCAGUGGACCCCAAGCUACCUGACGUGGUGACUGGUGGAGAUGAAAAGAUGUUCUUCCAAGUGCCGGAUGACAUCGAGUUUGAGAUGGAGGAGAUUGACGAGGACGGCAAUGUCAUCGCUCACGAUGAGCUGUAAUGGGAAGAAAUAGAAUUUAUGGGCUAUCAUGUAUACGGGUUAUGUUUCUUGGUAUUGGGUAGUAAUGUGC